AUGGAAACCCCGGAAAUUUUCAUGGAGGCUCGGGCUAAAUGGGUCAAGCAACUUGAUGUUUGGGCUCGAGGAGAUAAACGACUAUGGAGCCCAAUAUCAAUUGCAAACUGGCUCGACCGCCGAGCGGAAGAUCUAGAUGAUGCUAGAUGGCUUAUCGAUCUAAGAGUGGUAGAAGUAGGCCUUUGCUUUCAAAUUCGCACCCAAAACAUCCGCAAAGAAAUGUGUUCGCUGAAAAACAAGCUCAAUAUGCAAAUUCUAGUUGAAUGGGACGAUAUCAUAUUGAUGCGAAUGCUGGCUAGACAAGUUGCGAGACUUACCCUAUAUGGAUUGGACGAGUCUGAUAGCUAUGCACAAAUGGCACAUUGGGAAGCAAAGGUUUAUGAUAUGCAGCUGAGGUCCCGAGGGCCAAAAGCUGACCAAGUAGUGGAACAGAGACACAAUGAGCUUUGUGUCAUUUGGGGAAGCCUGUUUUUCUCUUCUACCAUAUGCAGGUGUGCACAAUGCAAAACAAUGCAAUUCGAAGCAAAGGAAACAUCAAAUUUUCUGAGACUUCCAGAGGCUCAACAAUGA